UUCUCCUCCUUAAAACCCUGCAGUUUUCUGGGAAGCUUCAAGUCUUGGUAAUUUUUUUACUCCACAAACUACCGGAAAACGUCGAACCACAUAGCCAACAACCUUUCUUGUCGAGUUUCAACUACUUGACGCUGUCGUUUUAGCUGCGGAAAGCUCCAUGGAUGAAUCGCAAGUAGUUUAUGGGGCAAAAUCUGAUGUGAGAGCUGAAAUCGACAUGUCGGCUCCUUUCGAAUCGGUUAAGGAAGCUGUCUGUCGUUUUGGUGGAGUUGGCUACUGGAAACCUUCUAAUAAGCCCUUCGAAAACGAGCAACAUGAAGUGGAAGAGAUCACCAUUGAAAAGCUGGAGGAGCAGGCAACUCAGCUGGAAAAUGAUCUGAUUUUGAAGAAGAAGGAAACUCUGGAUCUUCUAGAAGAACUGGAAUCGACAAGAACAUUUGUUGAGGAUUUGAAAAUGGAGAUCCGGAAGGAGAUAUCUGAAGAAGAUAAGGAAAACAUUGGGUAUCCGAAGGAGGGUAAAAGCGUCAAAUUUGUGGAAGAUUUCAAGCAGGCAGAGAGGGAUCUUAGCAGAACCUCAAAAGGGAUCUACAAAAUUCGAGCUUCAAUGGAGAUAUUCAACAAGAAAUUAGAGAGAAUCCGGGAGAGAUUGAAGCAGAAUUCUUUGAAAAUGUCAUCCGUUGAGGAGAGAUUGAGUCAAACGAGGCAGAGGCUGCAAGCUUCGAAGGAUUCCAACAUGGAUGAAGAAGAUGGUAAUGAAAUUCUGAAGGAGCUGCAGAUUUUGAAUUCUGAAGCUGAGGAGUUUAGGAAAAUGGGGGAAACAGCGAAGGCUGAGAUUUUGAGAACAGUAUCGAAGAUUGAAAGAAGAACGGCUAAGAUAAGAACGGCUGAAUCAAAAGGGAAAAUCUUGAAACAGGUGAAAGAAGCGACGGAGGAAAUCAAGAGCACGAAAUUUGCACUGGAAGAGGUUUUGAACAGCAUGGAGGCUGCGAAGAGGGAAGAAGCGGCGGAGAAAUGGGGGUGGGAGUACGGUAAGAACAUGGAGUAUCGUAGACAAAAGCUGGUUGGACAUGAAGCCGCCGCCCCUCCUUCAAUAGGACAGAUACUGAGCAGGAAGCUGUUUCUGCAGGAAGAGUUGAUGCCGUCGGGGACGGUGGCGGAGAAAGGAUUCUUGAAGGGGAAGGUGUCGUUGGCACAGAUGCUCGGCAAACAGAGUCGGGAUAUGUCGAACUGUGUGAAGGUCGAAUGGCGGGGAAGUGAUCGGAAUCAAUCGAGCAGGAAGCGGAAGAAAUCGGGAAUGGCUGGUCGGUUGCCGUUCUUGGGAAAGCAGAACGAUAAUCAAAAGAGGAAGAAGCCCACCCCUAUCCUCAAAUGAUGUUGAGUAGCAGUUGAUGAUGUGAAUAAGUGUAUAUUUAAGACUGAUUCUUUUACCGACUCCACUUGUGUGAACCUUCAAUUUCUGCUUAGGAUUAUUUAUGCAUUUAGGAUUGAUUAUUGUAGGGUUCGUUUCUCCAAAUUAUUUUGUUUUAUGAAAGACUACGGUGAUGUUUGUUGGUAAGAGAUGAAAAAGAGAGUUUUUGUCCCGUUA